AUGGCCUCACGACGGUUGAAAAGACUCGCCCUAAUAAUUGCUCUCCUGUUGAUAGUCCAUGCAACUGUUAUUACGCCUGCAAUUGCUGCCGACCUUCCUGUUCCAUCAGCUCAAACCACCAGUAAUCCUGGACCUACAACAAGUAACACUCCAGCACCCACCUCGACGAAAGGGCCACCCAAAACGCAAGUCAUAACCUCCGUAUCAUCAAACGCAGAUGGAGGUGUUGUUACGCUCACACUGACAACCACUACAGAUCCUGUUUCUACCGAUGAUCCGACUGCGACGGGUGGUGCGAAUCCUAAUAACAGUAACGCAAAGGGCCAAGAAGGAGGCUCUAAUACAAACGUUGUUACCGCAGCCAUUGUUGUGGGAACUGUCGUCGUUGCUGCCGCUUUUGGUAUUUGGAUAUUUAGGAAAUGGAAGCUAUCUCCAUCAAGAGGUUUCAAGGAAAAGAUCCAACCAGUAGAUUUCUCACCCCGAUCACACGAGUCCGAUACAAUGUUCUUGCGAGAGUUGAAUGAGCCUUAA